AUGGGGGCGGACAAGGAGCUCGGGAUGUUCGAGCGCGCGCUCUCCGCCGUCGGCGCCGCCUUCGUCUCAGCUAUCAUCGUCAACCCUCUAGAUGUUGCCAAGACGAGGUUGCAGGCACAGGCAGCAGGGGUGCUGUACCACCAGCCUGCCUAG